UCUGGGUCAGGAUCAGUUACUUGUGCAAGUCCCAGCGAACAAGAUGUCCCUCAGACAGUGCAGAUCCUAUUUGCUGUUGCUCCUGCUGCUGACGAUCCACGGAGCCUUUAGUGUUCCAGCUCUGGAUAAUCCGCCGCCAGCUGCCACACCUAAUACCAUCGAAGAGUCAGACAAACUGCCGGAGAGCGGGGAACCGAGCGUUGCCUCUUCCCAGGAUGCAAUCCUCACAAGUGGUAACGAUACGAGCACGCAGGCGACAGAUACCUCGGAUAAAACGGUGCCCGAUAAUGUGGCCAGUGGCAGCAAUAUAGAUCCCACCACUGUCUACGCUGGAGGAAUUCUUCCACCUGAGCUAUUCCAGCAAUACCUUAAUUCGUACUCAGGCUUUGGUCCUUAUGCGGGCUCAUAUCCGGCUCCCGUGGGCGCCGCAGCACCUGGCAUCUAUCCAUACCCAGGGGCCAUUGUGAUGCAGACGGGCUACGAGGGAUUCCUGGUGCCGGCUAAUGGAGCUGGACAGACGGACAGCACCACUGUGGUGGCGUCUACUGCUGAGUCGAGUUCCUCCUCGAAUCCUUUGCUGUCAUUUGCCUCCAAUCUUUUGCCCACGGUCCUGCUGUCCACGGUUCUGCGCAUCGCUGCCGUGGUCCUUUCCGCUGUAGGCAUUAUCCUCUUUGGAGGCGCCAUAACCAGUGCCCUGUGCAGGAUCACCCCAAUCUGCGAUAUACCCGCCCGGGCUGUGAAUAUCCUUCGAACAGGAGGAGCCCAGGAUGUGGGUCGCAUGCUGGCUGAGGAGAUGACACCAGAACGGGUGCGACGAGCCACCCAGUUUGUACAAAAUGCCAUCAAGAAGUAUCAACAACUCCAGAACAUGAUAGAGGAGUCGUCGGGAGCGGCUGAGGUGACCGAAUAGGGACGGCGUGAUGGGAUUUAGUUUAAGUGCCGCCUCGUAAAUUAAGAGGAAUGCAAAAAAUAUAUUUUUAACGACGCUA